UGGCAUGAUUGGCUACCUCACAUAUAUGAUAGAGGAUGGUGAGCGUAGUGAUGAGCGUGUCGUUCUCGUUGAUAUUUCUACGAGGACAUUGGUAUGUGUAGGAUGUUCAGAACUUUCAGAGUGUUAUGCCGUCACAUGAUUAAAGUGAUGCGGCAUCUUGGAGAUUUUAGGGAAGCCAGUAUGAGAAGUAUUCCAGAUCAUUACAUACUCGAGCGAUGGACGUUGGAGGCGAGAAAGAAAGUGGUUGUUGAUGUUGAUGGUUGUGUUGGUCCUUCAGCUGACAGUGAGAAUGAUGCGGGAAAAGGUAUAGCAAUGCGGUACCGAGAAACCACUACAAUGUUGAAUCAGCUAGCAACGAAACUGUCGAUGGCCGAGGAGAAAGACUACGAUAAGUGGAUGGGAGUACUCAAGAAACUGUGCAAUGAGGAAAACAAGGCAUUGUCAAAGACUAUAACUAGCGAGGACAGACGGUCUAUACCGAUAACUGGGCUGACUUUGAAGGAGAAGAGUAAUCCAAGGAGCAACGGUAAGGAACGUUACCAGUCUAAGAAUGAAAAGGAACGCCGUCGAAAGAAACGUUCCUAUAGGAAGAGAAUGAAAUCAAAUGAGGCGGUCACGCCGGACAACAAUACUCAACCGGAUGGCCAUCUUAGUGAUUUGGAUGAUACUAUUGCUCAAUGGUAAUGAAUAUAAUGUUGGGGGGGGGGGGUCGAGUGUGAUCUAUUGUGAUCUGAUAUUGACAUGUGAUUCCAGGAUACGUUUUUUUGAUGAAGUGGAUAUUAAUCCACUUGUAACAGAUACCUUUCUGGGCUAUCUGGAUAUUUAUUAUCAGUGUGCAUGGAUAUUAGUAAAUACUUUCUGGUUACCAGUAUUAUCAAAAGCAGGGGUUCAAUAGCACCAAUGAUUACUUCUUUCACUAGCCACAUGUGCAGGAACUUAGGCUUGGAUAAUAUCUAGGGAUGGAUGCUAUUUAGGGUUGGAUAAAAUUUAGGGAGGUAUGAUGUUUUGCAGCAGGAUAAAUAUCCGAUUUGGGG